AUGCCUUACAUGACCUCUCCAAUCGACGGCACCCAGCUCUUUUACCGGGACUAUACGCCCGCAAAGGUCCCUCAGCCCUUUUACGCCACCGAAGCAGCGCUCCAAUCCGCGCUGCAACUCACCCUGGUCUUCAUCCAUGGCUGGCCAAUGAGCUCGCGGAUGUACGAUCAUCUGAUGCUGCCUCUGUGCGAGACUCACCGCAUCCGCUGCAUUGGGGUCGACCGCCGCGGAUUCGGGAAGAGUGACUGGAGUGGUCCGAAUGCGAAACCGGCCGAGGUCACAUAUGAAACAUUUGCGGAAGAUACAAUCCAUAUCAUCGAGCGCCUGAAGUUGGAGGACUUUGUGUUCGUGGCGGCUAGUAUGGGUUGCGGAGAGACGCUUCUGGCGUGGGAGGGGAGUGAGUUGGUGAAGAGGCAUUGUAAGGGUUUCAUCUGGAUCGGACCUGCUCUACCAUACCCGCUGCAGACGGCAGAGAAUCCGUCGGCGCCCUCGCGUGAGCUUUGGGAUUCAAUCCUCAGCGGCCUCCGCACCGCUCGAGCCACGUUUACGCGAGUAUCCUUGCCCAACGUGUUUGGAGCCCUCGCUGGGACAGAAAUCGAUGCUCCCACUCUAGCGCGUUUUGAGAGAAUCGUCGACGACGCGGACUCACUGGCAAUGGAAAGAUGCGUGCAGAUCAUCGCGUCUUGCGAUUUCACAGAGAAAUUGAAGGCAUUGGCGGGGACCUCAUUGCUGGUGCUUCAAGGAGAUUCAGACCAAGGCAUGCCGUAUGAGGCUGGUACGAAGUGGAUUGAGGCUUUGGUGCCCAACACGCAAGUCAGCUUGUAUGAGAAGGCUGGACAUGGGCUUUAUCUGACACACGCUGAACGGGUGAUUGAGGAGAUCCUAGGCUUCGUCAGGUGGAGAGGUCUUUGA